GCUCCUUGCACUUGCGAAUGCAUGAACGAAAUGGGAGCCCUGCUGCUCCGUUCAGAGCAGCUCAUCAGGUGGCGCAUCCAUCGAAAGGCUGCUACCGCGUGCGCCGCGCCCUGGAAACCCAAGGUGACCUUGUUGGGAGGGCACUUGCUGCCUCGCCCUCGUCGGCGAUGCUGACCCGGCUCAGCUACGAAUAAUCCCUUCCCGAGGGAUGAGCGGCGUGCUGCGUACAGCUGACCAAAACGCAACGUGACCCCCACCGGCUGCUCAAGCCUCGAAAACCCUGCUCCCAGACGGUUGCCAGUACGAGAAACGCAAGCCAGCAACCGCGGAAGUGCGAACGCGCCGCCAGGCCGCGCCACGAGCCCCCUUGCACGGAAGCGCGAGACAUGACGGGGCAGCAUACGGACACGUUUGAGCUGCCGCAGCUCGAUUGGACGUAUGAGAUGCGAAGAGAGUGUCAAGAAGUCGUCUCAGGCAUAUGGGUCGGACCUGCCGAAUCAGGCAAGAACCUCGAGAACCUGCUGCGUCUCGACAUAUCCUCCAUCGUUGUCUUGCGUUCUCCAUGCGAGGCAUUGUUCCUCAAGCCGCGCUUUCCAGAUCAGUUCCAGUACCUUGUCCUCGACGUGCACGACCGACAAGACCAGAAUCUGAUCAGCAUCUACCCGUCGUUCCGGGACUUUGUCGAUGCGUCUCGCGUACAGGGCCAACGCGUGCUGAUCCAUGAUGAUGGCGGUAUGAGCCGUGCGCCGGCAAUGGCGGCCAUGUACGUUAUCGACAAGCGCGCGCUCAAGUUUCAAGACGCGAUAUCUAUGAUACAGUAUCGCCGCUAUUGCAUCCACAUAAACCAGGGGUUCGUGCGGCAACUAAAAGAAUUCGAAGCGGUCUGCCUUGCGCGUGAUCAGUACAAGAAACAUCAACAGACAGGAGAAUCCGCGAAGGAGAUGAAUACCAUCAAAGCUGCGCGGAGGCGAAGAGAAGAGAAUGGCGACAGCAGCUUUGAGGCAAGCGACAACUGGCGGCAACAGAAGAGAGGGAGGGAGGAAAUGGAGGAUGAGGAACGGGAUGCAAUGGAGACUUGAGACAGUGACCAUGCAUUUUCUCCUACUCGAGAGCAUACCUUCAUCAGUACUGUCACCGUUUCUGUAGCCCUAACAAGCAUCACAUUUAGCAUGUGAUUAUUCUCGCGGCAUAUCCAAAACAUCCCGCUUCAAUAUAAGAACCCUUCAGCCGGGAAAGAAAAGUUCUGUAACCACAUACCAAAUUUGCAUUAUAACAUUACGCACGAGGGAAACUGCAAAGG